CGCGGCUCGGCGUCAGGGGGAGAGGGGAAAGGUCAGAGGUGAGGCGCUGGCCCGGGCUGGGAGCCGAGCGGCGCGAGACCCGCCCCCCCCCCCGUAAGGUUGCCCCUGAUUCUGGUCCCAAAGUCUCCCACCUCAGGAGAGGAGCAGCCGCCUGGAGAGUUGUACAGCCCGUAGCUAAAGGGCCUGUCCCGUGAAGGAGUUAAAUCCUAAGCAAAGAGGGGAGGGGGCAUGAAGCAGCCCAGGGAAGAGAGAACAGAGAAGCAUCCUGCUAACCUGCCCUGUGGUGGAGAGAGAUCAGCAGGCUUCUCUGGACCUUAAGAAUGGCCGAGGAAAAGGCUCACUGGCCCACAGGAGCCGGAUUUUGAAGAGAGAAGAGGCGAGUACUAGGUCAACGGAAGAAUUCUGUCGAGCCAGCUACUGCCUGUCAGGGAGAUGGAUUGGCUACAGUGACAAGAGAACCCCUCUUGAAUUGUGGACACCGGAACUGGACUCAGUACUCCUGCAGCGGUGGCACCAGCGCCAAAUACAGAGCUUCCUAUUCUGCAUACGGUGCCUUUGCUGACGUGCUGCACAUGGUGGACCUGAGAAACCCCCAGGACACAUUCCGGGAUGGCAGCUAGGUGACGACAGCUGAGGAUGACCCUGACUGAAAAGCUGCGCGAGAAGAUAUCGCGGGCGUUCUACAACCACGGGCUGCUGUGUGCUUCAUACCCCAUUCCCAUCAUCCUCUUCACUGGCCUCUGUAUCCUGGCCUGCUGCUACCCACUGCUUAAGCUCCCCUUACCUGGAACAGGACCUGUGGAGUACAGCACUCCGGUGAAGGAUUACUCGCCACCUUCUUCAGAGCCAGGCCACCAGCAAGGAGAUCCUAGUGAGAGACCUGAUUGGUACCUGGGCCCUCCCGUGGCCUACAUCCAGCAGAUCUUGGUGAAAGCCACGGUCUCGCCAUGGCACAAGAACUUCCUCGCUGUGGACGUGUUCCGCUCGCCGCUCUCCCGCGUCUUCCAGCUAGUGGAGGAGAUCAGAAACCACGCCCUGCGAGACAGUUCUGGGAUCAGAAGUUUGGAGGAAGUCUGCCUUCAGGUGACAGACCUCCUGCCCAGCUUAAAGAAGCUGCGAGACCUGCUACCUGAACAUGGCUGCCUCCUGCUGUCUCCAGGGAACUUCUGGCAGAAUGACCGAGAGCGCUUUAAUUCUGACCCUGACAUCAUCAAAACUAUCCACCAGCACGAACCAAAGACACUGCAGACAUCAGCUACCCUCAAAGAUCUCUUGUUCGGAGUCCCGGGGAAGUACAGCGGCGUGAACCUGUACAACAGGAAGCGGGUGGUGUCCUACACUGUCACUCUAGCUCUCCAGCGAUAUGAUUCCAGGUUCCUCACCAGCCUCCGCUCCCGGCUGAAGCUGCUGCACCCUAGCCCCAACUGCACCCUGCGGGAGGAGCACGUUGUCCACGUCCACUUCAAAGAGGAGAUCGGCAUCGCUGAGCUGAUCCCCCUUGUCACCACCUACAUCAUCCUCUUUGCUUACAUCUACUUCUCCACACGGAAGAUUGACAUGGUGAAGUCGAAAUGGGGCUUGGCCCUGGCCGCGGUUGUGACGGUGCUCAGUUCUCUGCUCAUGUCGGUGGGUCUGUGCACACUGUUUGGCCUGACGCCUACUCUCAACGGAGGGGAGAUUUUUCCGUACCUGGUGGUGGUGAUUGGCCUGGAGAAUGUGCUGGUUCUUACCAAAUCAGUCGUCUCCACACCCGUCGACCUGGAAGUGAAACUGAGGAUCGCACAAGGCUUGAGCAAUGAGAGCUGGUCUAUUAUGAAGAACAUGGCCACAGAGCUUGGGAUCAUCCUGAUUGGUUAUUUCACGCUCGUCCCGGCCAUCCAGGAGUUUUGCCUCUUUGCUGUGGUUGGCCUGGUGUCCGACUUCUUCCUACAGAUGUUUUUCUUCACCACGGUGCUGUCCAUUGACAUUCGCCGGAUGGAGCUCGCUGACCUGAACAAACGUCUGCCGUCAGAAGCCUGCAUGCCCCCGGCAAAGCCAGUGAGCCGCUCCCAGAGGUACGAGCGCCAGCCAGCCAUGCGGCCAGCCACCCCGCACACCAUCACCCUGCAGCCGUCAUCCUUCAGGAAUCUGCGCCUGCCCAAGAGGCUGCGGGUCAUCUACUUUUUUGCCAGGACCCGGCUGGCCCAGCGGCUCAUCAUGGUUGGAACGGUGAUUUGGAUUGGAAUCCUGGUGUACACAGAUCCCGCUGGCCUCCGCACCUACCUCACGUCGCAGGUCACAGAGCAGAGCCCGCUGGGAGAAGCGGGACUGCCUCCCAUGCCAGUUCCUGGAGGUGUCCUUCCAGCUGGGGAUGUCAAGCUUGCCCUCUCGGUCUUCCCCUCGGAGCCCAUGCAGCUGUCAGAGAACCAGACGCAGCAGCAGCGCGAGCAGAAGGAAGGGCUAGAGUCCCGGAAUGGGCUGGAGGCAAAUCAGCAGCCGUGGGCCCAGGGACCGGAGAGCCAUGGCAGUGGGCAGCCGGAGCCUGGCACAAAGGCAGAGGUCACGUGGGGCAUGGAGGAUGAGGAGAUCUGGAGGAAGCUCUCCUUCCGACACUGGCCAUCCCUCUUCAGCUACUACAACAUCACCCUGGCCAAAAGGUACAUCAGCAUCCUCCCAGCCAUCCCUGUCACCUUGUACCUGAAUCCACGAGAAGCCUUAGAAGUGCGCCACCCUCAGGAGGCUAAUCGCUACCACUCUUUCUUCCCUUCGAGCCUCGGGAAAUUGGAGGCGGUGGAUCGGCCCGGUGAGGCCUUGCCCAAACUGCAGGGGCACCGGGACGUCACGCUCUACAAGGUAGCUGCUCUGGGCCUGGCCUCUGGCAUCCUCCUGGUUCUUCUGCUCUUCUGCCUGUACAGAGUGUUCUGCCCCAAAAACUAUGGGCAGAACGGGCUCUCGCACAGCCGGAGGAAGAGAGGGGACCUGCCCUGCGACGACUACGGCUAUUCCCCACCCGAGACCGAGAUCACCCCCCUGGUUCUCAGGGGUCACCUCAUGGAUAUCGAGUGCCUGGCCAGUGACGGGAUGCUGCUUGUCAGCUGCUGUCUGGUGGGUCAGAUCCGAGUGUGGGAUGCUCAGACUGGAGACUGCCUCACUGUCAUCCCCAAACAAGGGUUGCGCAGAGACAGCAGCGGCGUCUUUGAUUACCAGGAGAGCUGGGAUCAGAGCCCAGAGCUCAAGAACGGGCUGGAGGAUCCCUUCGACAACAGCCACCCGCUCAAGAGGAUGCUGAGCCCCCCGCAGCCCCCUCUGUUCUGCGACCAGCCGGACCUCACCUCUCUCAUCGACACCAACUUCUCGGAGCAGGCCAAGGCGGUGGAGCCGGAGCCCAGGCACCGCGCAGUCUGCGGCCGGCACAAGGACACUGGCUACAACUUCGGCAGACUGGUAGAGAAGGUCUACGAGGAGCAGAACGCUUCGAACUGCAUGAACUUCGCCGGCUUCCCGGCCACGCACGGGCAGGCCGUUUCCUGCACGAGGACGGGCAGCACCAGGGCCCUGAGCUGCGGGACGGGGGAAGGAGGGUGCAGUGCCCGCAGGAAGAGCCUAGGGGACGAGCCUUUGGCUGGAUUUGAAAAGUCCUCCCCCAUUGCUGCGUGGGCCGGUGACUUGGAAAGCUCUGUCUGGAGCCUGGACCUGCGGGGCAACCUCAUUGUGGCUGGCCGGAGCAACGGGAAGCUGGAGGUGUGGGAUGCCAUCGAGGGGACCUUACGGUGCUGUAACGAGGAGGGUCAGUCCGGAAUCACAGCACUCGUCUUCCUGAACAACAGGAUUGUGGCUGCCAGGCUGAACGGCUCCUUGGAUUUCUUCUCUUUAGAAACCCACUCAGCCUACAACCACCUGCAGUUCCGAGGAACCCCUAGCAGGAGCAGCAUCCCGUCCUCCCCCAUGUGCAGCAGCCAUGACCUCAUCAUGUGCCAGCUGACCCACACGGUGUCCUGCGCCCAUCAGAAGCCAAUCACGGCACUGAAGGCUGCGGCUGGGCGGCUGGUGACAGGCAGCCAGGACCACACUCUGAAAGUAUAUCGGCUGGAAGAUUCGUGCUGCUUGUUUACACUGCAGGGUCACUCAGGAGCAAUCACAGCUGUGUACAUAGACCAGACGAUGGGGCUGGCGAGCGGGGGCCAGGAUGGUGCCAUCUGCCUUUGGGACGUGCUGACAGGAAGCAGGGUCAGUCACAUGUACGCCCACCGCGGGGACGUCACCUCGCUGACCUGCACCACCUCCUGUGUGAUCAGCAGUGGCUUGGAUGACGUGAUCAGCAUCUGGGACCGAAGCUCCGGGAUCAAACUCUAUUCCAUCCAGCAGGACCUGGGGUGCGGGGCCAGCCUGGGAGUGAUCUCCGAUAACCUGCUGGUGACGGGAGGCCAGGGCUGCGUCUCCUUCUGGGACAUCGGCUACGGCGACCUGCUGCAGACCGUCUACUUGGGGAAGAGCAAUGAGUCGCAGCCGGCCCGGCAGAUCCUGGUGCUGGAGAAUGCCGCCAUCGUCUGCAACUUCGGCAGCGAGCUCAGCCUGGUCUACGUGCCCUCGGUGCUGGAGAAACUGGACUGAGGGGGCGGAGCUGGGCCCUGCGGGCCGCCGUAUCUGAGUUCUGAUUGGACAGCGCCUGGGGUGGGAGGACAGGGCAGGAGCUCCAGGGGGGUUCCCAGGAGAGAGCCUGCUUCUCCCUCCCUUCCUCCCCCUCCCCAGCUCCUUGGAUCCCAGGCGCUCCCCCUGCAGCUGCCUGGGUGGGGCUGAGCCCUGCUCUGCCUGUGGCCCCCCCACCUCAGGCAUCCCCCCGCCCUGCUCUUGCUCCGCAGGUCAGUUCCUCCCUUGGGGCUGCAGCAGAGCUCAGUGGGGACGGGCCCGUGGGGCAGGAAGCCGGUGCUGUCACCAGCUGGAGGAUGCCCUGGGGAAGCUACCAGCGGGCCGGGCUGCACAGCAGGUGGCCAGAAGACUGAGGAACAGUCAGUGGGAUGGGGCUUAACAGAGCCUGGGCCGUGCAAUGCCGUGGGCUUGGGAAGCAUGGGGGCCCAGUGCCCAUGGGGCUGUGACGGUAGACAGGGAAACUCCUGCCCCAGCUGGGGAGGAGGCUGCGGGCGGGGCGGGGCCUAGUGGUCUGUUUGUGGGACGGGGAGCCUGGCCCUGCUGUGUUCAAGGCCGGGCUUGGCUGCUGCCUCCAGCAGGGGCCUGGCGCUCUCCGUGGGAUGUGUCUGCAGCUGUGAAGCAGGCAAACCCUGCCCUGCCUCCUGAAGACACGAACGCCUGGAGAACGUGGCCCAGUGCUUAGGGGGGGCACUGCCCAGGUCAGCCACGGGGCUCUCCAGCACGGGGAGAGGGAGCCCGCACCGGCAUUGCUAGGGUGGCCGUAGCCCCACUGUGCGAGGUGCUGUACUGACACGGGUGCCAGGCCUGAGUCCUGGUUCCCCUCUACCAGCAAGGCCUGUGCCCCACAGGGCAGGGCAGGGCAGGGGCCGUGUACGUUACAGUGUGUCCCCCUAAGGCAAGUGAAAUCCCGCCAAUGGCCAACGGGCAUUUCCUGCAGUGGAUAAGGGCAGCUUCGACCCUAGAGGGGAUGGGGCCUCAGUCCCCCCCCCCCUGCGUCCUGGCUGGCAUUCAAUGCCCACUGCCCCUGUGCUUCCCCAGCGCUGCCUGCAGGUGCGGGCCCUGCCCAGGGAGGGGUGCCGGGACCAGAGCCUUCAGCUGUGGGCAUGGGCUCGCUGGCCCAGGGGGAUCCCCUGCUCGCCUGGCUUGGGCUGUGACAGCGUGCAGGGCCGGGCGGGGCGGGGGGGG